CUUAGAGAAAACAUCGCCGUUUUCAAAACAUCUCUAUUAUUCUUACUUGCUAUUCGUAAUUCGUGCUGUAGAAAACAAUAACAAGUGAACGGUGGGCCCAUAAGCAGCGACCUGCAAGAGCCACAGAAUAAUUAAACCGAGCAAGUGCAGUCACUUUGUGCGUGUGUCAUUCCAGCUGGCCAAUCGGGUGUUUAUAAUAAGCAAAAGCAAACGCGGCGACGCCAUUGAUUUUCUCCGAUUUGGAAGAAAGUGGAAAUUAUUGGAUCCUUGAAUCUCAGCCAGUGUUUUGAGAAAUCAUUAAAACUGCCGCUCCAAAACAUUCGCUGCGAUGGCCACCUCAUCGAUACUCGCCAAAAGCACAAUUAACAGCACAUCGCCCCCGACCACGCCCUCCAGGUCCAGCACCACACCCGUCUCCACGUUGACCACUCGCAAGCGUUCCUACGAGACAGCCAUCGACAUGCCCUCCACCGCCGGCUCGUCGGAUCAGCGCACAACUAGUCCUAGUUUGGGUCAGAACGGCAAGUCCAAGUCAAAGUCUGGGCUCGUUGAAAGCGUUAUCGUGAUAAACGAAAGCGCCAGCGAGUUCACCGCCUCGGCCACCACCUUGCGGGACAGCACUCGCACCAUCUCACAGAGCGACAUUGAUGAUGGGGGGGAGGCAGCUUCCGCCGAGGACUUGCUGCCCACCAGUGGCUCUACAUCGACGGCAACGUGCACGGAGGAUUACCUCAGCGGCGGCAAGCGCAAGUAUGUGCCACACACAGAGCCCGCCUUAGCCGCCGGCCCCUCAACCUCGCAGCCACAGCAGUUUUCAAAUGGCAGCGGAGCCUCGGACUUUGCGACCAUUUGCAAACCGGCUCCCUACUCCCACGACGAAGAAGCUAUCUUGGAGCGUGAACGGUGCGACUACACUCAGAGAAUCACCUACCAGAUGGCCCGGUCGGGUCAGACAAGUCGCAGGGUGAGGGUCUACGCCGACGGUAUCUACGAUCUGUUCCACCAGGGCCACGCCAGGCAGCUGAUGCAGGCCAAGAACAUUUUCCCCAACGUCUACUUGAUAGUGGGUGUGUGCAACGAUGACCUGACCCACCGAAUGAAGGGCCGCACAGUGAUGAAUGGUUUCGAGCGUUACGAGGGCGUGCGUCACUGCCGCUAUGUGGAUGAGAUUGUUCAAAACGCUCCGUGGACCCUGUCGGACGAGUUCAUUGCCGACAAUAAGAUUGACUUUGUGGCCCACGACGACAUUCCCUACGGCACCGAUGGAAUGGAUGACAUCUAUGCUCCGCUCAAAGCGCGAGGCAUGUUUGUGGCCACGGAGCGGACAGAGGGAGUGUCCACCUCAGACAUUGUGGCCAGAAUCGUCAAGGACUACGAUCUCUAUGUGCGCCGGAACCUUGCCCGAGGCUACUCCGCCAAGGAGUUGAACGUUUCGUUCCUUUCCGAGAAGAAGUUUCGUCUCCAGAACAAAAUGGACGAACUCAAGUCGCGAGGAAAGCGCGAGCUGACCAAGGUCAAGGUGGACAUCAUCACCAAGUGGGAAGAGAAGUCGCGCGAAUUCAUUGACCACUUCCUGUUGCUGUUCGGACGCGAGAACCUCAACCAUCUGUGGAACGAGUCGAAGGGGAAGCUGCUGCAGGCACUCAGUCCCCCUGGAAGCCCUGCUAGAUCCGUGAACGGAGACGACACCGAGGACGGGGAUGACUACAGUGGCUCCAUCGACGAGUACUUGGAUCUGGCCGAGAAGUUUAGUUCGGGCAGUGGAAGCAGCGGCUCACUCAACGGAAAACAGAAGCAGAAGCGGUCCUCGCUGGCGCGUCGCAGCUACCAAAGUCGUUCGCCGGAUGAGGACGCUGACGGCGAGGAGACGGCGGAGUUUGAGCGACGAAGUAAUUGAUUUUAGUGCGGGAGAGUCCAGUCCCGCGGGAGAGUCCCUUUUCCCCUCCAAAUGUCUACUGAUGCUACUGUAAAGUGACUCUUGUUUCAAAUAGUUCGACGGCACACCCUAGAUGCCCUAGGAUUCUAUUCUAUUCUAGCUCUAAAUGGUAUUUGUAAUCCACUAGAUUUAGUUGGCACUCGCGUUCCAUCCUUCCUUCCGCAAACCCUUUCCCCUUCAUCGUUUUCCCCCCUUCCUCCUCUGCAAAUCCUGUAGCUAAUUCGGCAAAAAAAAAAAGACUUGUUUUUUGUAUUAGGCCCUGCGAUUAGGCGGAGCGGUAGCUUGUGAACAUGAGGAUGUAUCUAGAAAUAUUUAUAUUAAAUUAUUUCGCAUAACAUUAAACUAUAAGUUAACACAAUCACAACAACAACAACAACAAAGAAAGAAAAACACCAACAACAUAGAGAGAAAACAAAAGAAAUUUAAUUCGAAAAAUACAAAAAACAGAAACCGGCAAUAGCGAAAUUAUUGCAAUGCUUUGUUAAAUAUUUUUUGAAAAAUAAAAAUUGAAUCGAUAGAAAA